GUGAUGUGAAAGUGAGAAGUAAAAGUGACAGAGGCUAAAGGAUGGAGGGUGGGAGGCAGUCCUGGCAGAGGAGACCUCACCACCACCACCCCCCAAGUAGGGAAUGAGGAGCACCAGGGACACAGGAUACAACUUUUGCUGACACUACGCAAAUACUCUGCACAAAUCUUCAAAAAACAUCCUUGUCCCCCUGUGUCACCUGCUGAGAGACCUUGUGUCUUGGUCACCUCCUAAACCGGGAGGUGGGGCAUGAACAGGGUGGAGUCACAGGGGAGAGAAAACUAGGAAGGCAGGGUUCACACCCUGGUCCCCAGUGAUGUCUCCACCACGGCUGCUGCUACCCCUGCUGCUGCUGCUGCUGCCUCUGCUGAACGUGGAGCCUGCUGGGGCCACACUGAUUCGGAUCCCCCUUCGUAGGGUCCACCCUGGACUCAGGACCUUGAACUUACUGAGGGGAUGGGGAAAACCAGCAAAGCUCCCCAGGUUGGGGGCCCCAUCUCCUGGGGACAAGCCUGCCUUGAUACCUCUCUCCAAAUUCCUGGAUGUCCAGUAUUUUGGGGAAAUAGGGCUGGGAACGCCUCCACAAAACUUCACUGUCGUCUUUGACACUGGCUCCUCCAAUCUCUGGGUCCCGUCCAGGAGAUGCCACUUCUACAGUGUGCCCUGCUGGUUCCACCACCACUGCAAUCCCAAUGCCUCCAGCUCCUUCCAGCCCAAUGGGACCAAGUUUGCCAUUCAAUACGGAACUGGGCGGGUAGAUGGAAUCCUGAGUGAGGACAAGCUGACUAUUGGUGGAAUCAAGGGUGCAUCAGUGAUUUUCGGGGAAGCUCUGUGGGAAUCCAGCCUGGUCUUCACUAUUUCCCGCCCUGAUGGGAUACUGGGCCUCGGUUUUCCCAUUCUGGCUGUGAAAGGAGUUCCGCCCCCGCUGGAUGUACUGGUGGAGCAGGGGCUACUGGAUAAGCCUGUCUUCUCCUUUUACCUCAACAGGGACUCUGAAGUGGCUGAUGGAGGAGAGCUGGUCCUGGGGGGCUCAGACCCAGCACACUACAUCCCACCCCUCACCUUCGUGCCAGUCACAGUCCCUGCCUACUGGCAGAUCCACAUGGAGCGUGUGACGGUGGACUCAGGGCUGACUCUCUGUGCCCGGGGCUGUGCUGCCAUUCUGGACACAGGCACACCUGUCAUCAUAGGACCCACUGAGGAGAUCCGGGCCCUGCAUGAAGCCAUUGGGGGAAUCCCCUUGCUGGCUGGGGAGUACAUCAUCCGGUGCUCAGAAAUCCCAAAGCUCCCCACAGUCUCACUCCUCAUUGGGGGGGUCUGGUUUAACCUCACGGCCCAGGAUUACGUCAUCCAGUUUGCUCAGGAUGACGUCCGCCUCUGCUUGUCCGGCUUCCGGGCCUUGGACAUCGCUUUGCCUCCAGUACCUGUGUGGAUCCUCGGCGACGUUUUCUUGGGGGCGUAUGUGGCCGUCUUCGACCGCGGGGACAUGAAGAGCGGCGCACGAGUGGGCCUGGCGCGCGCUCGUCCUCGCUCUGGCCAAGCGGACCUGGGAAGGCGCGAGACCGCGCAGGCGCAGUACCGCGGGUGACGCCCAGGUGAUGCGCAUGCGCAAUGGGUAGCAGAGCUAACGCUACUCAGUAAAAACCCAGUAUUUCCCUUGAA